GCUAAGCAGCAAAGAUGAUGUGGAAAGAAAUUAUGGUGGUAAUGAUGGUCAUCUUUCUGGGAAAGACUGAAGGUUCAAGUGUGGACAACUGUAUUGCUUGCUCUGAUAUUGCCUUCUUAAUUGAUGAAUCCGGUAGCAUAAGUAACGAUGAAUUUACCGAGACGAAAAAUUUUAUGAAAGAUGUGGUCCAAAGAUUUCCAAAUAUUGGACCAACUGGUGCACAGUUUGCAGCAGUUAAGUUUUCUAGUUUACACGAUCAAACUACGGAAUUCGAUCUAAACGACCACGUUGAUACUACUGGGGUUCUGAAUGGAAUAGAUGCAAUAGUAAAUAAUGGAUCAACUACUCAUAUUGGAGCAGGACUUAUGUACCUAGCGUCUAACAUAUUUAACGUGGUUAAUGGUGCAGGACGCCCAUGUGCAGUCGACAAUAGAUUUGCAGUUGUUAUAACAGACGGUCAAACUUCUGGUAAUUUUGGGGAGGAAGCUGCCUUUUUAAAGAGUAAAAAUGUGAAGAUCUUAGCUGUGGGUGUCGGAGAUGGUGUUGCUACUGCCGUGUUACAAGAAAUUGCAACUACGAACGACUUUGUCUUCCAAGUAGGCAAUUUUAGUGCCUUCUCAUUAAUUAUAGAUGAUCUCAUCAGUAAAAUAUGUACACCAGGUCCUGGCCCUCAUGGAUUUUGCGGCUUUCCAUGUACCCUUCAUAACAAAACCUAUGAACUUUGCUCUUGUGACGUAAACAAUGUCAACCAAUCAUAUAGCGUAGGAGUAAAUGAUACCACUUUGUUCACUGAGAAUUUUGGUGGUGAAAAUAAAACGGACUGGGAAUGCUAUACCAGAAGUGGACGGUUUUACGUUGUACGACGAUGCAUUGCUCAUAACGUAUACGAAUACCGUUGUAUGAGAGACAUAAUGUACAAUACCACUAAAGAUUUAAGAGUAUAUUGUAUGUCAGAAUGGGCACAAUUUCCAGGCAAUCCUUCUCUUUGUGAUGUUUGUGACGGAUCAGCAUUUGACAAUAACAAAGCUUUAAUUAUCAAAGAGCAAAGUGAACGUAAGUUAGAUUUACUGUAA